AUGGGCGAUUCGGACUCAUGGGUUUCCACCGAGCCUUCAACACGUGUAAGGGUUGAAAAGGAGCGGGAGGAAGCGGAGGGUGAGACUAGAUCAGUAAAUGGACCUACUUCUGGGGCGGUGUUGGCAAAGCAGCUUGAAGCAGAGGGGACAUUUGCAAGGCUUGUCCCGCAAAAUCAAUAUGCCCGACAAGCGUUUCAGAGGCUAGCUGCGGCUACUGAGCAAGAGGAACCACUGUUCCAACACUGUAAACAGUUCCUGCAUUUCGGUGAUGAAGAAGAUGUUGAACCCUCUGAUCGGGAAGACGGCUUUGUUUUAUCACUGGGUAUCUUACCUGAGUUCCCUGCCAUUGGCUGGAGGAUAGGUAGAGGGAGAGCGGCCCGGCCAAAUCUCGCUGUUGACAUCUUAAUCCACGAAGGCGAAGGGGUCGCUGGAGUCCAUGCGCGUCUAUGCUGGGUGAAAGGUGGUGGUGGCUUUUUCCUUAUUGCAGACAAUCUUCGGGGCAUGCCUGUGUGGUUGAAUGGAGAGACGCUCCGACAAACACAAAGGUUGAUUCCAUAUCGGAACUCGAUUUCGCUAGGGGAGUGUAAUUUUAGUGUCCGAUUUCAAACGCGGUCGAAAGACCAGGAGGAACAGUUCCAAGUAGAACUUUCCGCAUAUUACUCGAAAGUGCUCCUGGAGAAUGCGCCAUUACUCCUCCCCACUCCUUCAGGCAAUGAAGUCACAGUUGGCAAUUGGAUAGUCCGGAAUCCUAUCGCAAGCGGCGGUUUUGGGCGAGUGUCUGUCGUUACACAUAUGUAUACUGGGCAACCCGCUGCUGCUAAGGAACUCUGGAGAACUCCUAGAAACUACUAUAGCGUUGAUCGCGAAGUUUCGAUAGUGAAACGCCUUAAACAUUUCAAACAUAAGAGGCUCGGUAUACCUUUUGAGGCCCGCAUCGCAGGUUUACUUGACAGAACUUGGACACCGGGACAGACUGACGCGAUUGAUCUCUACAUCCUGUACAGUCCUCUGUCAACAAGCAACUUUCUGGCGCUCUACAAAUCAAAGGCCUCUCAAGAGAUUCGGACGCAUUUAUUUGCACAGGUGCUAGAAGGAAUUGCGUUUCUCCACGACAAUAAUAUUACACAUCGUGAUAUAAAACCGGCCAAUCUCACGGUGAGGUCAUACGACCCUCCAGAUGCCCAAAUCAUCGAUUUUGGCUGCGCGACGGCAGAAUCAAAAACCUUAUACGACAGGCCCGGCACAAUCCCGUAUCUUGCACCAGAACAACGGGAUGGCCAAUACCACGACAAGAGCGUGGACUAUUGGGCUUGUGCAUUAGUAGCGACUGAGCUUUUAGGCUUCAAGCGAAAUAAUGAUAGGUUAGACGGCAAAGGGCUUGAAGCCAUUCAGCAAUGGCUGGAUGGGCAAAUGGCUCACCCCCUAGCCAAAUGCGCUAAGGAUAUGCUGAAAGUCGAGCCUAAGGAGCGAAUGAUAGCAGCUGAUGUUCUCCGAAACCAUCUGUCAACAUUCCAAGGGGGUCUAGCGAAGGGUCGCAAGCGGAUAAUUGAUGAGAUUAAUGACAACACCGACACACUUUGA